CAAGUGCGCCGGAAACCCUGUAAGUGCCGCGCGUGCGCAAAGAGAGUCAGCUCGGAACUCGGCCGGAUCUUGAGCGCAUCUUGAACUGAGCAAAGUGCUAUCCGCGACUCCGGCUGCGGGACUAUGCUGUCGCCGGAGGCAGAGCGGGUGCUGCAGUACCUUGUUGAGGUGGAGGAGCUCGCCGAGGAGGUGCUGGCGGACAAGCGGCAGAUUGUGGACCUUGACACCAAAAGGAAUCAGAACCGAGAGGGCCUGAGGGCCCUGCAGAAGGACCUCAGCCUCUCUGAAGAUGUGAUGGUUUGCUUCGGGAGUAUGUUUAUCAAGAUGCCUCACUCUCAGACGAAGGAAAUGAUUGAGAAAGAUCAGGACCACCUGGAUAAAGAAAUAGACAAACUUCGGAAACAACUUAAAGUGAAAGUCAACCGCCUCUUUGAGGCUCAAGGCAAGCCGGAGCUGAAGGGCUUUAACUUGAAGCCACUCAGUCAGGAUGAGCUUAAAGCUCUCAAGGUCAUCUUGAAAGGAUGAGACUCAAAUACCAAGAGGGGGACCUACGACCACCAUCUCCCCUGUGAUCAUGGAGGACACAGUACCUCUGGCCUUGAAACCUGCAAGGACAGGAUUGGCCCUACAAGGGCAUAGGCAUCAGGAAUCUGAUGUGGCUCCUGCACAAAGCUUCUGUUACAGUUCUUGGCUGCUCUGUGGUAGCAGGGACUCUUUAGCCUGUCCCUGUGUGUUGUGCCUGACCACUGGGGCUCGGUGGACACAAGACUCAUUGACAGGGCCUGGCAGCCAGCAGUAGGUGUGGAUGUGAGGAUGACUGCAGCAGGCUCUUCUCAACAUUGGCCUGCUGUCCAGAUGGGCCCCGGGCAAGGGCACAGGAUGGAGAUGGGUAGAGCAGGACCUCCAGCUAGCAUUCUUCAUGACAGAGCGGCGGUUCAGGGCAGCGAGUGGUGGAGUGGACUAGAGCAGGGCACAGGCAGGUGGCCUCUGCAGGGAGCUCCGACUGGGUGCUCUGUGUUCACACAGCCGUCUGGGGGAAGACACAUUGACCCCCUGCCUCCAGCUCUGGCCUUGCUCCUGCUGCCUACCAGGCCAUGACUGCUCUGGGGUCGGGAGCCCCUUGCUGAGGUGGCCCUGGGAGGAGGUCGAGAGGGUUAUGCACCUGCUGCUCUGUGGCGUCCUCUCCUGCUUCCUGGUCUGAGAUCCUGGUGUUUGUACUGUAGUGACAGAGCUGUCUUUAUGCUUUUUGAGGGCUCAGUAAAUGUUACUUAAAUGAGGAAA